UUUUCAGCUACUGGGUGACUGAACCUUCGUAAGGUUUAAAAGAAAAAUAUGCCGAAACAUUUAGUAAUUUUAGGAGGCUUUUACUGUGAAAGGACAUGCGGAAAUGUGUUGUGAGACAUGCUAGCGUGAUGAUGCUCCCGCUGCGGUAACCCUCAGGUGUAUAGCGGUAACCGGUGAUGUUGGCGCUAUCACCAAAAGCUUCAAAAAUGUAAUACUGUCUCAUUGUGGAUUUUUCUUAAAGAUUUUUGCAUAACGUAAAGCGUUUCGUUUCCGGCGCUGCGGAGGCGAAAAUGAAGACGCUAACGUUAAAGAGCCGCACGCUGAGCCGCCGUUUCCUUUGAUGUCUGACGGUCCCGCCUCCCCAGAGCAAUACGCCUAUCAGUGAUGGUUAUGGAGCAUGAUGGACGUCCCCUCAGCCAAUCAGAGCCAGACACCCUGCCAGCCGUGGGUGGGUCAAAAGGGCUGGUCCACAGCUUCACCUCCAGGACACCUCUAUGACCCUCUGCCCAGCUUUCAGCAUCUCAACCCGGGAUCUCCUUCUACUCCCUGCUACAGCCACAUCCAGGUGUCCAGCCCCAACUUCCAGAGGGACCUCACUGCCAUUUCACUCAACAACAACGCUCCUCACAGUGUGCCGUAUGUUAAUAACGCUGACCAGAGUGUGCAGCGAGUCAUUCCCGAUGUUUCAUCCACGAUUCCGGCUGCAAGCCAAGGAAGAAAUAUGAACGAAGGCAUGCAGCCUUGCGACACCCAGCGUGUGUCACUUAAUUUCCCUCACAAUCCUUACCAAGCAGCAGCCCACCAUUUCCAGCAUCCCUACACACAGCAGGGUUCAGUGAAUGGACCACAGUCGCCACAUCAGAAUCAUUUGCCCAUCAGGCCUCCAUCAUUUGGAAACCAGAGUCCACAGUGUAUACCUCAGCCUGCAUUUGAGGGAGCAAAUGCCGGGUCAUCCGUUACAUUUACUCACAGCCACGCCUCACCCACCUCUCCCACUCAGCAGCAACCUCAGUGGACACUUCCACCACACUCUGGAGGAAGCAUAAACCAGUUUGCUCCCAGUGCUGCUGCACAGGUCAAAAGCUUCACACCUCCGUCUCCUAACUCUGAGUCCCGUUAUGGUCUGGACCCAGAGCUCCUGCCUAGCGCUGUGAAGGUGAUGGCGGAGGACUGGGCAGAGUGGGAGGGGAAGGUUUUUAUCGCUGAGCCUUUUUCCGGUCUUCCUCCGCUGGCGACUACUUCCUGUAUCGUGGAGGACAGAGGUAAUGCGAGUCCUUCUGCCAUCCGCUCCACUUCGUACUGCGUGCCCUGUGAAGGUCAGGCCGCUCUGCUUAGCCGCCUGCCGCUGGGAGCUCUGGUCACCCCUCUAGCAAAACAAAGUGCUGAAGAGCAGCUGCUCCCACUGUGCAAAGAAACAGAGUGUGUUGUGGGCUGUGGGCGGUGCGGCGCCUCCAUGUGUCCAGCGAUGGGCUGGCAGGACUGUGGUCAAAGGUUUUAUUGCCCCUUCUGUGGUAAACUCAGUGAAGUGCCGUGGCAGCACUACCAGCCCACCAAAGGUGCAGAGGGGGUGCGGGUUGAUAAGGAUAAGAGGCCUGAACUCAGCAUGGGGUCGUAUGAAAUCCUGAGCUCUCAGAAGGGGGAACCUGCUGCACUGCUUUUAGCCAUAGACGUGUCUGCCUCGGCGCUGAGAGGGGGACACUUGGAAUUUGUAACACAGCAGAUACUCGUGCUGCUUAACUCCAUGAGCAGGGAGGAUGGAGACGCUUUGUCGGAGGUCCGUGUUGGUUUGAUGACGUAUGACAGCAGGAUCCACCUGUAUGACCUCAGUCCCGAACUGUCCCGCCCACACAUGCUGGUCAUCACAGAAACAGAAGACCUGCAGCUUCCUGUGAGGGAGGGGCUUCUGGUGCCCCUCAACGACUGUGUCAGCAGCAUCGAGAGCGUGUUGCAGCUGAUUCCUCAGUUUAACACAGAGGGCGCUGACUCCGGUGGAGUUCCCAUGGAGCUGCCCGUCAAAGCAGGGCUCGCUGUACUGCAGGGUCUGAGUUGUCCUGGCAAGCUGCUGAUCUUCCAUACUACCUCUCUGAUAGAGACUGGACACACGAGUUCCUCCUCAGGCUUCUUUGGCACCAACAAACCAAAGUCCAUCUUUCAGCCAUCAGAAUCGGCCGUUUCAGUGGCCAAAGAGUGCGUCCGUCAGGGAUGUGGCGUUCAUCUGUUUGUCCUCUCCCACCAAGAUGUGGGCGGGGCUUGGCCCGGGGACAUUCCGUACCUAACAGGUGGAGCUCUGCACACUUACAGCCACCUUCAGGGGGAACUGGACAGAGAGCGUUUCAGCACUGAUCUGAAGAGGACUGUGGAGACGGACACAGGCUACAAGGCUGAGCUCAGGAUAUUUGUCAGCAAAGAUUUGCGAGUGUCCGGCUGUUACGGGCUGUUCGUCCCCGGUCCUAACCCUGGACGCGUCACCAUGGCUACUCUGGACAGGUGGACCACGCUGGCUGUGGAGCUCGCACACAGCAGAGCUCUGGAUGAGUCGAGAGGCGUAGCCAUACAGGUCGUCCUAUCUUACACCCUCCAAUCAGGAGACAGGAGGACCCGGGUUCACACUGUGACCCUGCGGUGCUCACGGCAGCUGCAGGACACUUUCCGUCACUACCAGGCCCAAACACUGCUCACCUUCUACUGCAAGAAGAUGUACUGUGCAGCGCUGGAGCGCCCCCUGCAGGAGCUGCGGGAGGAGCUGCAGACAGAGGUUACAGAGGCACUGGCGUGCUAUCGGAAACACUGCUGCUCUGCUUCAGUGUCUGCGGGGCAGCUGGUGCUUCCACAGUAUCUGCGAGCUCUUCCUGUUUACAUCAACAGCCUGAGGAAGAGUGAGGUGCUGCUGCCGGGCUUGAGGAGCUCCGUCCAUCAGCGCCUGCAGCAGCGCUGCCAGGUGCUGCGCAUGGACACCUGCAGCACCGCCACGCACUUCUACCCUGUGCUGCUGCCUCUGCCUCUGUCAGCUGGCAGCUCCAACCCUCCAGAACCAGAGGAGGCGCUGCGCUGCUCUGCUGCUAGUCUGGAGCCCAGAGGUCUUUAUUUGGUUCACGCACCCCUCACCCUGCUGCUGUGGGUGGGCACCCAAGUCCCAGCAUGCACGUUGGUUGAGCUCUUCAACACCAGCUGUUUUUCAUCCCUGCCCUCCGGAGAGACCAAACUGCCGGUUGUGGAAAACCGUCUGUCCGUCGGUAUUCGCUCCCUCAUCGACACACUGAGCUCCCGGGCUCCGUGCACCCGCAAGCUGUGGGUGGUUAAGCAGGGAGACAGCUGCGAGGAGGCCCUGCAGCGCCACCUUGUGGAAGACAAGAGUCCCAAUGGAGGCGCGUCCUACGCAGACUUCCUCUACCAUCUCCAUGUCAACUCUGUCCGCCUGCUGCAGUGAUGCACACACUUUCAUAUUUCAGCACCACCGAUGAUCGACCUCAGACACCAACAGCAGAGGGAGCGACGCUGUCUUAGACAUUAAUGCGAUCCAGUAAUAAAGAACGUCUAUAGUCACAUAAAUAAGGAGCACGUGGUGACAUUUGUGUGCUGUUCUUUCUGUUUGUGUCACUUUUUUUUGUUCCAAAUCAAUCUGUGCUUUGUUUUUAAUAUCUUUAUAAUUUAUUCCUCUAUCAUGGAAAACCCUCUAAUCUUUGCCUGAGAUUUGUGUGUGUGUGUGUGUGUGUGUGUGUGUG